GUACUUCGGUGUUAAGACUUGAAUAACCUCAGCUAACACCUCAACCUUUGAAAACAUUCAAAACAACUGUUCACAUGCUUACAACAAAGUCUAACUCCUCUUCAGACUAAUGAUGACAAUUUAAAAUAGAUUAAAGAAAGUAUUCCAACUAUUUCUAGAAGCUAAACCUUUACCAUAGGCUAACACAAGCUAAAGAAAAUGACAAAUCGAAGUGAGGAACAUUUAAAAGACUAAAGCCAAUUUAUGUUUUUUAAAUGAUGCUAACAGGUGCUAACUUGUAUUCACAGGCUGGUAAAAACUCAUACUUAACUGACAUUUAGUCACUGAUGCUAACCUUUGUGUACCUGCUGCUAACUUGUGUUAACCUAUGUUCAAUAACUAAUGCUAACUGGUGCUAACACAACAGAUGAGCCUGUCACAGAAACCUCCAGAGGAGGACAGUGGAGGACUUGUCCAACAACACAAUAAAGAGCUGAGGAGGACCAGUCCACUGAGUCUUCUUAAAGGAGACCUGAGUCAGGUCACUGAUGAAGUCCUCAAACUCCUGAAGGACAAAAAAAGGCCGGACAAAAGUGUAAGCGUCAGCUCACUCAGUCUCCUCCAGGAAGACCUGAACCAGCUCAGAGAGGACCUGAGAAACACCUUCAGCAGAGAUAUGAAGACCAACGAGCCUGAAGUCAGUCAGUCUAAGGAGAAGUCCUACAGACCUCCCAGUCUCCACAAGGACCACGUCUUCAGAACAGGCCUGAACAAGGACAAAGAGGAACAGGAUGCAGGAGCAAAGUCAUCAGAAAGAGCAGAGGACACAUUGAUGAAGGUGUUCAGGGGACAACAGAGGUCACUGGAGACACCAGAGGACAAGCAGAACAUGCCUUCACACCAGGCUGAGAACCAGACCCAGGUUUGUGGUGGGACAGGGGACCAAAGUCUGGAUGGACCAGAGGAGAGACGGGCAACUGAGGAAACAGCGGAGACCUCAGCCAAUCACAGAGAGGAGACCAUGUGGCCGUCUCAGGCUGACGCUGCUGGUGACAGAUGUGAAGGUGAAGUUGAAGAUGGCUGCCAGCAGACCACCAGGGAGGACCAACCACUGGAACGUCAUCUUUUUUCAGAGCUCAGAGUCUUUGGUCUCAGAGAGGAGUCCAGGGACCAGGAUCUGAGGAAGCAGAUGGUGGGAGAAGGAGGAUGUGGAGUGGUGGAGGGAGAUCCGUGGUCCCUGAAGAACUUUGCCUGUUAUUUAACCCUGGACCCCAGCACGGCAAACUCCGAGCUCCUGCUGACCGACGGAAACAGGACCGCUACCCGGUUCUGGACCGAGAAUCGGCGCUCAGACCACCUGGACCGCUUCAGGCACUGUCCUCAGGUCCUCUGCAGAGAGGGUCUUCUGGACUCUGUCUACUGGGAAGUGGAGUGGAUAGGUGGAGCAGAUGUUGGUGUGGCCUACAACAGUCUGUGCAGAAAUGGGGACGUGGACAAGUGUCUUCUGGGACAGAACCCAGUGUCCUGGAGUCUGGAGUGCUCAGAGGGGGUCUACACCCCCUGCCACAACAGCAGGAGGUUCAAGUCCUCCUCACCCACACCCUUCAGCCACAGGGUGGGACUCUACCUAAACUGGUAUGCUGGGACUCUGUCCUUCUAUUGCAUCUCCCAGGACCACAUGGUCCACAUUCACACCUUCAGUGCCACCUUCAGUCAGCCUCUUUACCCGGGGUUCUGGGUUUGGGCCUACAAUGGCUCUGUUACACUGUGCCAGGUGGAACUGGGCUGGGAGAGACUGCUGCAGUGAGCCAAGGAGGUCAGGACCUCGGCUCAGAAUUCAGACAUGGUACUAAAACCCCUCUGAAGAACCAGGGUAGGGGGGGUCGUAGAACUGACACAACUCUUGGUUUUAAAGAGCAGUGAGAAAUCAGAAACCAGAAUCAGAAACGAAGAACUGAGACUGGACCAGAACUGUUCUGUUCUGAUGUCACCAUCGUGACACAGACAUCAAGCUAACUGCUAACAGGCUAACCGUUAAGUAUCCGUGUUCUACUGUAAAUACUGAUCACAGGAACAAAUACUGACCAUGGAAACAAAUACUGACCACAGGAACAGGUUAAAAAUAAUAAAGCUAAUGAAACAAGUCACUGGUUUAUGUGAAAGAUGUGUGUUUUCACCAUG